AUUAAACUGGUCGAACGGGCUGUGGGGACGCGAGCAAUCAUGCGUACGUUAAAAGGAGGUGUUUUAAUAGUGUGCCUUAUUUCAAUAACAAUGGCAUCUCCAGCAGCUAUUAAUAAAGAAGCACUCGAUGCUGUUUCACAGGGUACAAAUCAGUUUUCUACUUCACUGUUCCAGGCUGUAGUGGAAGAGAAGCCUGGCAAUCUUAUAAUGUCUCCUCUUAGUGCAGCUAUUGUUCUUGCUAUGGCUGGUUAUGGUUCUUGCGGAGAGACAGAAAACCAGUUUAAAAAAGUUCUUCAUAUACCAGCUUUGGAAACCCUUGGUCUAACCGGCUAUCAAUCACUUAUUGACACUCUGAAUAAUGUCAAGGAGAACAAACUUCUUCUUGCAAAUAAAGUCUUUGCAUCCAACACUGUUAAUCUAAAACCAAGCUACAAGGAUUUAACAGAAAAGUACUUUAGAUCUGUUACUCAAUUAGUCGACUUUGCCAAAUCCACAGAAGCUGCAAACAUUAUUAAUACAUGGGUUAGCGAAAAUACAAAUGAUCGUAUCAAAGAAAUCAUACAGUCAGAAGUUUUGAGUCAAGACACAGCGUUAGUGCUGGUUAAUGCAGUAUAUUUCAAAGGUAUGUGGAAAGAUAAAUUCCAUCCAGAGUUCACCAAGGAGAUGCCUUUUCAUAUUAAUGCAACAACAGUAAAGAAUGUUCCUACUAUGUAUAAGCAAAGUUAUUUCAAAUAUGCCGAACAUCCACACUUGAAUGCAAAAAGUAUUGAAAUACCAUACCAGGGAAAGGAAUUGAGUAUGGUAAUCAUACUUCCAAACGAAAUUGACGGUUUGGCCGCGGUGGAGCAGAAGCUGCAGAGUACAAACAUGAACGAUAUCAUUAGUCAAGGAGUCAGCUGUGAAGUCCAACUAUUUCUGCCGAAGUUCAAGAUUGAAAGUAAAAUGGAUCUUAACGGUCCUUUACAGAAAAUGGGUUUAUCCGAGAUGUUCAGUAGACAUGCUAAUUUCUCUGGAAUCGCCAACGCCCAAUUAGUUGUUAGCAAAGUUGUGCAAAAAGCAUUUAUCGAAGUGAACGAGGAAGGCAGUGAAGCUGCAGCUGCCACCGGUCUCGGUGUAAGGCCUCUUUCGAGCUUUUGGUCACCGCCGAAGCCUAUUGAGUUCCGCAUCAAUCGACCAUUCCUGUCGAUCGUUAAAUACCAUAAUAUAACCUUAUUUAUUAGCAAAAUGUAAACCAUGUCGUUCUUUUUCUUUCUAUACCUUUCGUGAAAAGGUUUUGUGAAUCUCGGUCUUGUACUUCUAUAUAAAUAGAUAGCGAGUUAGGGGUAUUAAUGUGCCUUGUGUGCAAUAUCUUGCCAAUUUAUACCAAUUGUAAUAUAAGUUACUUGACUGGUUUGACUAAUUCGAAUAAAAAUGCAGAAUUAAUUUAUUUUUUAGCAUAAGUAUAUAAGUGUCAGUAAUUAAGAAUUUAUGGACACAAUAAUAGAA